CUCGCGGGCCUGUUUGAAGUCUCUUUCCCCGAGGUUUUCGAGCAGUAUCAGGACGCUUUCCUCGCUGGCGCGUGGUUUGAGGCUAACGACCCUGGUCCGUGGCUCAACCGUGCGGUUGUGUGGAAGCUAGACGUCGGACUUCACUAUGAUGGUGGUGAUGGUGGCCCCACUGUCACCUUUCCAGUCGGCUUCUUCAUUGGCGGCCACAUGCAGGUUCCUCAGCUUGGCAAUGCGGUCUUUGAAUACCUUGCCGGACAUGUCCUGAUCAUGUACGCUGGGAAGAUUGCCCACAAGGUCACUCCCUGGGUACCAGCCAAGGAGGUCCAACGUUUCGACGGUACCUGGUGCAAGCUGCCUUCUUGCCUCACGCCUGGGCGUAUCAGCGGUGUGUACUUC